GUCAAAAUUAUGAGGACAUUUUAGAUAGUGUUGCAAAAUUGCUGAUGUUGUAUUGUAUUCAUUCAUUCAUUCAGAUAGAGAUAAAGAUAUUGGCCGACAACACCAUCCUCCCACACAAAUUCUCUUUUUUUUCUCUUCCGUUGGUGGCGGGGUCCUCCUUCACUAUUUUGAUUAUUAGAUUAUUACAUUUCAAAGAAACCUCAUAAACAAGGAUCCACACAUUCCAACAUCAACCUUAACCAAUGUUUUUUUUACGUGUCUUUGAUUUCUGAUUUACGUGUAUUCAUGUUUUCCAUUCAUUUUAUGUUUUUCUGAGAUUUUUGUUUGAUACCCUUUUGAACCCUUUAUUUGAUUUGUUGGAAAGUUUGAUACUUUUUGGCUUUUACACAUCUGGGUCAAUCUUAGUUUUUUUGGGUAUCAUUUCAAUGGGUUGUUUUGAUGAAGGGCAUUUUAAUGGUGAACUUGAAAAUGGUGUGAGUAUGUGUAGUGAGGUUGAAGAUGAGGCAAAUACUGCUGCUAUUGAAGAUGCUGUGAAGAUUCUCUUGUUGGGUCUUGGUGAAGAUAUUAAUAGGGAAGGUCUUAAGAAGACACCAAUUCGUGUUGCAAAAGCUCUACGUGAAGGAACUAGAGGUUAUAGACAAAAAGUGAAGGACAUUGUUGAAGGUGCUUUAUUUCCCGAAGCUGGCCUAGAAAAUAAUAAAAUUGGACAUGCCGGGGGUGCAGGCGGACUUGUGAUUGUCCGAGACAUUGACCUUUAUUCCUACUGUGAAUCUUGCAUGCUACCUUUCCAGGUCAAAUGUCAUGUUGGUUAUGUCCCUUCUGGCCAAAGAGUUGUUGGAUUAAGCAAGCUCUCUCGUGUUGCUGAAGUAUUUGCUAAACGACUUCAAGAGCCUCAGCGUCUAGCAGACGAGGUGUGUUUGGCCUUACAACAGGGAAUAAGACCGGCAGGCGUAGCUGUCGUACUUCAGUGUACACAUAUUCACUUUCCAGACAUAGAAUCAAUCUUUCUAGAAUCAAACCAGAAAGGUUGGGUGAAAAUACAUGUUUCAUCAGGUUCUGGUGUCUUUGAAAACAAAAACGCAGAUGUAUGGGCCGAUUUCUUUUACCUUAUUAAAUCUAGAGGCAUUGAUAUGGAAAACAUUCAUGUUCGUGGUUCAUCGGACCAAUGCUGGUGUCCGUCUCUCUCGGCUCUUUCCACUAAAGUUUCCUCCAAAAUUGGACCAAUCAAUCCGGCAAUGGUCACUGCAGUAUCAUCAAUUCUAAAUUCUUUGGGAGAAGAUUCAGUUAGGAAGGAGCUUGCAGGGACUCCUAAUCGAUUCGUGAAAUGGCUGUUAAACUUUCAAAGCAUUGACAUGGAUGUGAAGCUGAAUGGCUCCCUUUUUGGUGGGAUAAAACCUUUGAGUGCCACUUGCGAGGUGGUAAAUAACAUCGACAAACAAAUAUACUCUGAAUUGAACUUGCCGUUUUGGUCACAAUGUGAGCAUCAUAUACUUCCAUUUCACGGUGUUGUGCACAUAGGAUACUUCCUUUCAGAAGGAUUCAAUCCAAUUGGAAAAUCACUUUUACAAUCAAUAGUGCAUUUUUAUGGAUUCAAGCUACAAGUUCAGGAAAGGCUAACAAAGCAAAUAGCAGAAACAAUUUCACCGCUUUUAGGUGGAAAUGUAAUAGUAGUUGUAGAAGCAAGUCACACAUGCAUGAUUUCUAGGGGAAUUGAGAAGUUUGGAAGUAGUACAGCUACAAUUGCUGUAUUAGGAUGCUUUUCAACUGACCUUGCUUCUAGGACCUCAUUCUUGCAAAGUAUUGCAAAUGCUACAUCUUCUGGAGGGCAAUGAUUCUUCUUUGAUCAAAUUUUGCAAUGAUUAAUUGCACAUUCGUUCCCUGCAUUUUUUGAAGGUUUUUUCAACCACCAAUGCAGCAGCCUACACACACAUUGAUAACGUCAGAAGACUCUUCACGAAUAAAUCAUUAUAUUUCAAAGUUCAAUCUUUGGUCAGAUUUUACUUACACAUUGGAAUAUCAAAGCUCCAUUUUCAUGAGAACAGGAUGGUUAGGACAAAAAAAAGACCGCAAAAUUUUGUUCGGCUGACAUAAGCAUACACUCUGAAACUGUCUCACGUUUGAUAAAUUCCGGAGGUGAGUGACUUUGUCAAGAUAUACAUGCCGGCAUACUCUGGUAUUAGUUAAUCCUCAAGAAAUUUUUGUUCGAUAUACAAAGGAUGAUAUUCGUUUUCAUUAUUUUAUGUAAUGUAAAUGUUGUGUUGAUGUGCUUGCAAAUGCUUGACUGCAAUGGAAAUUUAGUGAUUGAAUGGAUCACCAUAGCAUCUA